AUGUUUCUUAUGAGUGCAAAUGAUAAUUAUUCGAGAACUGCAUCUCAGUCUCAGUCGAAACGAAAUUUUGUCGAUUCAUUGUAUCCACCCUUCUGUAGAAAGCUGGAUGUGGAUCUACCGGAAUUCAUCCGUGAAGGCGAUAUCGAAUAUCCAUUUGAAGAUACCGAUGAUGUGGGUGACGAGAACAAAAUUAGAGGUAAUUGGUCAUCAACAACUGACUAUAUGCUAUCUACGAUUGGGUUUAUUUUUAAUAUUGGAAAUAUUUGGAGGUUUCCCUAUUAUUGUUAUAUAUAUGGAGGAAGUGCUUUCUUGGUACCGUAUGUAAUAAUGCUCGUCGUUGCGGGCUUACCGAUUUUCUUUAUGGAACUUGCCUUGGGUCAAUUUGCUAGUGUUGCGUGUAUAUCCGUUUGGAAAGUUGUACCCUUAUUUAAAGGCAUCGGUAUAGCAAUGUUGAUAAUAUCGUGUAUCAUUUGUGUAUAUAUGAAUAUGCUAAGUGCUUGGUCUAUUUUCUAUUUUAUGAAUUCUCUUAAAUUUGCACUUCCUUGGGCUACGUGCACCAACGAGUGGAACACAUCAAGUAUGUUUUAUUCAUUUGUUGAAAUAUUCAGCGUUGAU